AUGGCAGCUGCUGUCUUGGCGCCUACCCUGGGAGACCCCGUGAUUGCCUACACGCCCCUCUACGGCCACCCAAACAUCUCGGACUCGGCAUGGCACGACGACACCUGGGCUUUUGAGGCCUACGGUCCCAUCACAUCCAUGACGCUCUACUACUCUGUCGGCUGGGUCGACCCCUACAUUGGAUUCCACCCCGGGGGCGAGUUCAAAGGCAUCCAGCCCGUGUAUGGCGCCAACGGCACCAACGACAACGACCUACUUUUUGGCGCCAAAAAGCCCCACAAGCCCUUCAACUUCUCGCUGGGGCCGGGGGAGCGCAUCGUCAGCGUCGAGCUGCAGCAUGACAGCAUCAUGCGCUGGAUGGCCUUUGACACCAGCGCCGGCCGCCGCUACGCCUGGGGCUAUAAGGACGUCGACGCCAACGUCACCCGGGUGACGAGCCCCGCGCCGCGGGACGGCGCCUACCUAGCGGCGUUCCGGGGGUUUGAGGGGAGGCAGCUGCCGCCCGAGCUGGGCGGUUACAAGAAGCGGUACAUAAUCCAGGUCGGGUUUGUCUGGGCCAUGCCGACGUGCACAGCGUACGAGUGGAACCCGAUCAAGGCGGCGCGCGAGGCGGCGGCGGCUGCUGCAGCAGCGGCGGCGGCAAACCCCGCGCGGCCCCCGUCGCCGCCGCCGCCGCCGCUCACGGCGCCGCCGGCGCCGCCGUUCCCGCCCAUCGUGGCGCUCAGCAUAUCGCCGCCGCCGCUGCUGCCGGCGGCGCCGCCGCCGCCGCCGCUGGCAGCGGCCGAUGCGGCGCGCGCCAGGCUUGCCCCAGCGGGCGUGACGCUGCCAUCCGACAAGCCCACCGCAGAGUUAGGACCUGCGCCGCGCGGGUUCCUGCCUGUUGUGGUGCGUGGCAACGGCACGACGUCCGCUUUGAGUGCUGGCGGCAGGCCGAACUCGACAGCCUUCCUGCCCGUGCCGCGCGGGCCCCGGGCGGCCGCGGCAGCCGCCCCCGCUGCGGCGAUGGGGCGGGUCGUGCGGGCAGUGGCGCGGCUCUCCGGCCGGCCGCAGCAAGCGCCACCGCCAGGCCUGGGUGCCAGCAACACGUCUGCGGCUCAGUUGCCGCCCUGA